GAGGUCUGUACUUCCAGGCAUUCGCUUGAAGCGAAUGAAAGCAUGCGGGAAAGAUGAGGAGGAGUCAAAGAGGAAAUGAUGAGCGAAUGCAUUUAGCGGCUCCUAGUACUCCCACAGAGUAUAUCAUGACAAAGAAUAUGUAGCAGUCUGAUCAAAACAUGAUGAUUUCAACCCUUAGAAGUGAAUUAGCAAAGAUACUAAAGGGAAAGAAGUGUGAAUUUCUAAGUGAUUCUCAUGAAAGACGAAUAAAUAUGUACUUUUUCGUGAUGUGUCUCUAAAAUUUACCUCAGGAGGACUGCUCUUUUAUAGUAGGAGAUUUGUGUUGACAAUAAUCUUGCGAACCAAAAACAAUUCAAUGGUAACUCCUUUAGGCAAGGAAGCGUUUGAUAUCUUCUUUGGAAAUUACAGAUCAAGCCAUUCAAAUUUCAAUCGGAAAAGCGCAGCUGACGACGGAAAAGAACAGGUGGAUGAUCAGGGUACAAAGGACUUGCCAUUCUCAGAGAGGAAUAUCCGAACACAAGGAGACCUGAUCCAGCUUAUGCGCCAUUGGAAUUCUUUCAUCAUGAACGAUGAGAAAGAAUGGCUUGAGCUUGCAAACAAGCAUUGACACUUGAUUAUAAGCUUCUCGUGUUUGAAGCCGAUUGUCCCCUCUUGUACAUUUUUACGGCGAUGAAGGCAAUAUGAUCGAAAUUUCCACUUGGAUUGUAUUUCUGCAAAUGAUUGUUCUAUUUGGCUUGACUGAUGCUACCAUGCUCAGGAUUGAGGUUUGAGACAAAUGAACUACACGUUGAUAAUAAAUCUUUAUCACAUCAU